GCGAGAGUAGCCAUAAUGGAGUCGCGCAGUCUGGAAAGGGCUUCGCAAUACCUGAAUAAUCUCCUCCUUACUCGCGGGCUUCUCUCCAAUGGAAAGCCGAUCGACUUCGCCCAUCCCGACCGCCAUGGACAUGGCACAGAUGCGACCAUGUCCAGGGUCAUCAACCUCGUGCACGACCUGGUCCUACGACGAGAUCAGGACGCCGAAGAACGAGAGAACAUGGCUAUGAAUAUCCGAAAAGCCCGUGCCGACGAGUCACAGCGCCUCCUCGACCUUCAACGACUGCAGGACAAAAAUGCGGAGCUUGUGAGAGAGGCUGCGGCUGCGGCAUCGCAAGAAAGGUUGCUCAAGAACGCUGUGCGGAAGGCGGAAGCUCAAGCAAAAGAACUGAAAGAACAAAUGCUGAGGAUGAAAUCUACAUUGGAUCAAGUACGCGCCAAGUGCUUGAGCGACGUACGGAAGCGAGACGUCGAACUUGAUAAAUUGAAAGCCCACCUUGCUGGAAUGCAACGCGGGAAGAGAGAUGCCUCUGGAAUGAAGAUCAAUGUUAUAAACUUUGAACAGGAGAGAACCGGCAGAGAGAUGCGCAAUGGACAGGAGGUCAAAAGCUCCGCAUGGGGCUUGGAGAACGAGACCAACGACUUUCUGGCGGGAUUGGUCAAUGAGACGAGCACAGAAAACGUGGCUCUGAGGAGUCUGAUAAUGGAUACAAUAGACGUUCUUCGAGAUUUGACCGGCCUGGACGGGAGUGACGCCAAUGCACAGCGGGAUGAAGAGUGCGAAGAUGGUAUAGGAAUCCCUGGCAAAUAUCGCAAGUCGAGACGCAAACCAGCUCCACAGCUGGACAAUUUGUCUUCUUGUACGGCUCUGGCAGAGCAAAUGGGCGCAAUUUUGGAGCACUGCCGAUCGAUUCUGAAAGAUCCGUCUUUUGUACCGAUUGAAGAAGUCCAGAUACGGGACGAAGAGAUUAUCAAGUUGAGGGUUGGCUGGGAGAAGAUGGCAACCAGGUGGAAGGAGGCAGUCACCAUGAUGGACAACUGGCGCCGAAGGACGGUCGACCAUGACGGGGACAUGUCAAGUCCAGACCUGUCCAGCCUAGAGUUUGGCAAGAGCAUGGCAAUGUUCCCUGAUGGUCAACCUGUGUUUGGCGUUGACGACGAACUGUCAUCCAUCUUGUACGACAACGGCAAGCUGGAAGAGAUAGCAGAAGAGAAUGCCGAUGAGGCGGAUUCUCAUGGGCAGAUGAACAACACGCCAGAGGAACCCCAUUCAGAAUCCGACCUUGAUAUACCACUCGAGCCUGCACCGAAACGACGGUCGUCUAUUGCGCGGAGAGCCGGCUUGAACAUUGGCAAACCCAUCCGGCCAUUACAGUCGAUAGAUCACAACUUGACUCGAUCACCCAUCCGCGAUGCUAAGUCAAAAUCCCAGGUGCGAGAAAGUAGCGACUCGGGACUCGGGAGUUCGGACCAUCUGGAUCAUGAAAAUGGAGCGAAUAUUGAUUCAGAAAUUCCACGUCAGAUGAUCCGACAUGAAAGCAUCGACUUAACAGUGUCCGAAAAGCUUGCGGCUGUUGAAGCAGAGGCGGCGGAGGCCCAGCGGCAAGAGUUUACUCGAACGAAUAAAAGAAAACAUGGAGAAGCAAAGAAGUCGAGGAAGGCCCCGAGGAGGAGAAGCACACUGAGCCCCGACGAGCUUGCCGAAUUGAUGGGCAUUACCUAGAUGUGUCCUAUACAAUAUGAGUUCA